UUUCGUCAUCCCACCCGCCCGCCCCUUGUAUUGUUUCUAGUGUCUAUCUGGAUAACACUCAAAUAACUUAUCAAUGAAAAAUCGCACGGAACUUGAACGAAAACGGUCUCAAGCGGCACGAACUCGGGAUACCGUGACUUGCAUGCGUUCUGAGGAAGACCAGGUGGUACUUUUCCGGAGCCAUUUCUGUGACUGUUCUUCCAAUUAUCGUUCACUGGCAAAACCUUUCCGGACGGAACAUUCCGUUGCUUUGCAUGCACAAACAUUUUAUCUUUGUCCAUGUUGUUCCUUGUAACUGCCUUUCAACCAAAUUGAGGUUGAUGCUCAUAUAUGCGUGAGCCAUUCCAAACUGAAAGCUGCAGCAGACAUGUACAAAUCGGGUAGAUCUACUUGUCUUUUUUUUCUCUCUCGGUG